UUGAUGCAGCGCUGACGAGAGAGAGAAACGGAGAUACCCUGUUGCCGAAAAUCGACGGAUCUUCUCUCUAUCCGUACCUAAAGCCGUUCAAGUCACCGGACAGUUGAAGGUGGAGAACAUAUAGACAAAAGUGAAAUCGAAUUCGGAGUAUUUUGGAGACUCCUGCUUAUGUGAAGAGUGGACUUUCCACCCAACUUUGUGAACGGAUUGCACAGGUCCCCAGUGUGUUGUGCAAGAUAAAUGCGUAGCGUUACGUAUUUGUAGUGUAUACGUUGUGUGACGGCGUAGUUCAAGUGUGCGUGUGCACAGUUUGACUACCUAAGCAAAAUGGCACUCCAGUUUCACGACUCCAAAGCCCCGAUGCGCGACGUCAGACGGGUGCAGUUUGGUGUUCUCAGCCCUCAAGAAGUGCGUCGCAUGUCGGUGGUGGAGGGCGGCAUCAAGUACGCCGAGGUGAUGGAAGGCGGCAAACCCAAGCUGGGUGGGCUGAUGGACCCCCGGCAGGGCUGUGUGGAUCGCAUCUCUCGCUGCCAGACCUGUGCCUGCAACCAGGUGGACUGCCCGGGCCACUUUGCCCACAUUGAGCUAGCCAAGCCCGUUUUCCACCCUGGCUUCCUGACCAAGACGGUCAAGGUGCUGCGCUGCGUCUGCUUCUUCUGCUCCAAGCUGCUGGUUGACCAGAACCACCCAAAGGUCAAGGAGAUACUGAACAAGUCCAAGGGGUUUCCCCGCAAGCGGCUGGCCCACAUCUACGACGUGUGCCGGGGCAAGAAGAUCUGCGAGGGUGGCGAGGAGAUGGACCAGACCUUCAAUGCCGACCUGGCCAAGCGGGAAGGGGAGGUGCCCGAGCCUCGAGCCCAGGGUCACGGUGGUUGUGGGCGCUACCAGCCCCAAAUCCGCCGGAACGGCCUGGAUCUGACGGCCGAGUGGAAGCACGUCAACGAGGACACGCAGGAGCGCAAGAUUGCCCUGACAGCCGAGCGCGUGCACGAGAUCUUCAAGCGCAUCUCGGACGAGGAGAGCGCCAUCCUGGGCAUGGAGCCCAAGUUCACCCGGCCCGACUGGAUGAUCAUCACCGUCAUGCCCGUCCCGCCGCUCUGUGUCCGCCCGGCCGUUGUCAUGUUUGGUACAGCUCGUAACCAGGAUGAUCUGACCCACAAGUUGGCAGACAUCAUCAAGGCCAACAACCAGCUGCAGAAGAACGAGCAGAACGGAGCGGCCGCCCACAUCAUCGCCGAGGACACCAGGAUGCUGCAGUUCCACGUCGCCACCCUGUCCGACAACGAGCUCCCAGGACUUCCAAGGGCCAUGCAGAAGUCUGGUCGGCCCCUCAAAUCCGUCAAGCAGCGGCUGAAGAGCAAAGAGGGCCGUAUCCGUGGUAACCUGAUGGGAAAGCGCGUGGACUUCUCCGCCCGUGCCGUCAUCACCCCGGACCCCAACCUGUCCAUCGACCAGGUGGGGGUGCCCAGGACUGUCGCCCAGAAUCUGACCUACCCGGAGAUUGUCACGCCCUUCAACAUCGACAAACUCCAGGAGCUGGUGCGGGUAGGCCACAACCAGUACCCGGGGGCCAAGUACAUCGUCCGCGACAACGGCGAGCGGGUGGACCUGAGGUACCACCCCAAGACGAGCGACUUGCACCUGCAGUGCGGCUACAAGGUUGAGCGCCACCUUCGGGAUGACGACGUGGUCAUCUUCAAUCGACAGCCCACCCUCCACAAGAUGUCCAUGAUGGGUCAUCGGGUCAAGAUUCUCCACUGGUCCACAUUCCGUCUCAACCUCAGUGUCACCACCCCCUACAACGCCGACUUUGACGGGGACGAGAUGAACCUGCACGUGCCCCAGUCCAUGGAGACGCGGGCCGAGGUGACGGAGAUCAUGAUGGUGCCCCGCCAGAUGGUUACCCCACAGUCCAACCGGCCCGUCAUGGGAAUUGUGCAGGACUCCCUGACCGCCGUGCGGAAGUUCACCAAGCGCGACGUCUUCCUGCAGAAGGAAGAGCUGAUGAACCUCCUGAUGUGGCUGCCCAACUGGGACGGUCACAUCCCCCAGCCGGCCAUCAUCAAGCCCCGCCCCCUGUGGACAGGUAAGCAGAUGAUGUCGUUGAUCAUUCCGCCAAACGUCAACCUGAUCAAGGCCCACAGCACACACCCUGACGAGGAGGACCGGGGACCCUACAAGUGGAUCUCCCCCGGUGAUACCAAGGUGUUGAUCACCAACGGGGAGCUGAUCUCGGGCAUUGUCUGCAAGAAGACCAUCGGGGCCUCCGGCGGCUCCCUGGGCCACGUCAUCUUCAUGGAGCGUGGCCCCGACGAGACCCGCGACUUCUACGGCAACAUCCAGACAGUGGUCAACAACUGGUUACUGCUGGAGGGCCACAGCAUCGGUAUCGGUGACUGUAUCGCCGAUGCGCAGACCUACGAGGACAUCCAGAACACCAUCCGCAAAGCCAAACAGGAAGUAAUAGAGGUCAUCGAGAAGGCCCACAAUGACGAAUUGGAGCCGACGCCCGGCAACACCCUCAGACAGACCUUUGAAAACCAGGUGAACCGUAUCCUGAACAACGCCCGUGACAAGACCGGUGGCAGUGCCCAGAAGAGCCUGUCCGAGUUCAACAACUUCAAGUGCAUGGUGGUGGCCGGGUCUAAGGGCUCCAAGAUCAAUAUCUCCCAGGUUAUCGCCUGUGUGGGCCAGCAGAACGUGGAAGGCAAGCGUAUCCCCUUUGGCUUCCGCCACCGCACCCUGCCCCACUUUAUCAAGGACGACUACGGCCCCGAGAGCAGAGGCUUUGUGGAGAACUCCUACCUGGCCGGCCUGACCCCCUCAGAGAUGUUCUUCCACGCCAUGGGCGGCCGAGAGGGUCUGAUCGACACCGCCGUCAAGACUGCCGAAACCGGCUACAUCCAGCGGCGACUGAUCAAGGCCAUGGAGAGCGUCAUGGUACGCUACGACGGCACGCUGCGUAACAGCAAUGACCACCUGGUGCAGCUGCGCUACGGCGAGGAUGGGCUGGACGGCACCAAAGUGGAGUUCCAGAACCUGCCCACCCUCAAGCCCUCCCACCGGGCCUUCGAGAAGCGCUUCCGCUUCGACUGCACCAACGAGAGAGCGUUGCGGCGCAGCCUGACGGAAAACAUCGUCAAGGACGUAGUAGCCAACGCCCAGGUCCACCUGGAGAUUGAGAAGGAGUACGAGCAGCUGAGGGAGGACCGGGAGAUCAUGAGGAAGAUCCUACCCAUGGGAGAGUCCAAGGUUGUCUUGCCCUGUAAUCUGGAGCGCAUGAUCUGGAACGCCCAGAAGAUCUUCCACAUCAACCCCAGGCACUCCACAGACCUGCAUCCUUUGAUGAUUGUGAAGGGCGUCCGGGACCUGUCCAAGAAGCUGAUAGUGGUCAAAGGGGAGGACCGCAUCAGCAAGCAGGCCCAGGAGAACGCCACCUUGCUCUUCAACAUGAUGCUGCGCUCCACCCUCUGCUCCCGCCGUGUCAUCGAGGAGUACCACCUGACAAACGAGUCCUUUGACUGGCUGCUCGGGGAGAUCGAGACUCGAUUCAACCAAGCUCUGGUCCACCCUGGUGAGAUGGCGGGUCCACUCGCCGCCCAGUCCCUUGGGGAGCCGGCCACCCAGAUGACCCUCAACACCUUCCACUACGCCGGCGUGUCGGCCAAGAACGUGACCUUGGGUGUGCCCCGCCUCAAGGAGAUCAUCAACAUCUCCAAGAGGCCCAAGACCCCCUCGCUGACUGUCUUCCUGGUUGGGCAGGCAGCUCGAGAUGCCGAGAGAGCAAAGGAUAUCCUGUGCCGGCUGGAGCACACCACCCUGCGCAAGGUGACAGCCAACACGGCCAUCUACUAUGACCCGGAGCCCCAGAACACCGUCAUCGAGGAGGACCAGGACUGGGUCAACCUCUACUACGAGAUGCCCGACUUUGACCCGGCCCGCAUCUCCCCCUGGCUGCUGCGCAUCGAGCUGGACCGCAAGCGCAUGACAGACCGCAAGCUGACCAUGGAGCAGAUCGCCGAGAAGAUCAAUGCGGGCUUCGGCGAUGACCUGAACUGCAUUUUCAAUGAUGACAACGCUGAGAAGCUGGUGCUCCGCAUCCGGAUCAUGAGCAGCGAGGAAAGCAAGUUCGGCGAGGAAGAGGAGCAAGUGGACAAGAUGGAGGACAACGUCUUCCUGCGCUGCAUCGAGUCCAACAUCCUGACGGACAUGACCCUGCAAGGCAUUGAGCAGAUCAGCAAGGUGUACAUGCACCUGCCUCAGCAAGACAACAAGAAGCGCAUCAUCAUCACAGAGGAGGGCGAGUUCAAGCCCAUCCAGGAGUGGCUUCUGGAGACGGACGGCACCAGCAUGAUGAAGGUACUGAGCGACAAGGAGGUGGACCCCGUCCGCACCUUCUCCAACGACAUCUGUGAGAUCUUCCAGGUGCUGGGCAUCGAGGCGGUGCGCAAGUCGGUGGAGCGGGAGAUGAACCACGUCAUCUCCUUCGACGGUUCCUACGUCAACUACCGUCACCUGGCGCUGCUCUGUGACGUCAUGACGGCCAAAGGCCACCUGAUGGCCAUUACCCGUCAUGGCAUCAACCGGCAGGAUGUGGGCGCCCUCAUGAGGUGCUCCUUUGAGGAAACGGUGGACAUCCUGAUGGACGCAGCCGCCCACGCAGAGGUGGACCACCUGAAAGGCGUGUCGGAGAACAUCAUGCUCGGCAAGCUGGCCGGGGUGGGUACGGGUUCCUUCUCCCUGCUGCUGGACGCCGAGAAGUGCAAGCACGGCAUGGAGAUCCCCAUGGGCAUGGGCGGUGGCCUCGGUGGUAUGACAGGGAUGUUCUUUGGAGCGGCCGCAUCGCCCUCUGCUAGCAUGUCACCUCAGAUGACCCCUUGGAAUCAAGGAGCAACUCCUGCUUACGGUGCUUCGUGGUCACCUAUGGGAAGCGGGAUGACCCCUGGAGCAGCAGGCUUCAGCCCGUCUGCUCAGUCGGAUGCCAGCGGGUUCAGCCCUGGCUACAGCCCUGCCUGGUCCCCACAGCCCAGCUCUCCAGGUUCCCCAGGCCCAACUAGCCCUUACAUCCCAUCACCGGCCAGCCCAAUGUCACCCAGUUACUCCCCAGCAUCGCCGUCGUACAUCACUGGCUCGCCAGCCACCCCUCAGAGUCCUGGCUACUCACCUACGAGUCCUUCCUACUCACCAUCCAGUCCUGGCUACUCACCCACGAGCCCAAGCUACUCUCCGACCAGCCCGAGCUAUUCCCCAACAAGUCCGAGCUACUCUCCAACCAGCCCCAGCUACUCGCCAACGAGUCCGAGCUACUCGCCCACAAGUCCGAGUUACAGCCCAACCAGUCCAAGUUACAGCCCAACCAGCCCGAGUUACAGCCCAACAUCACCGAGCUACUCCCCAACAAGCCCUUCUUACAGUCCAACUUCGCCCAGCUACUCCCCAACCUCGCCCAGUUACAGCCCCACUUCGCCCAGCUACAGUCCCACCUCACCAAGUUACUCCCCAACGAGUCCCAGCUACUCACCCAGCUCGCCAAAGUACUCCCCGACCAGUCCCAGCUACUCACCCACCAGCCCGAGCUUCUCAGCCAAGUCGCCCAGCUACAGCCCGACAUCACCCAGUUACUCCCCAACCUCGCCCAGCUACAGCCCCACAUCCCCUGCGGGGUACUCCCCUCAGUCGCCCAGUUACAGUCCUGGAUCACCCAGCUACUCCCCCUCCAGCCCCAAGUACUCGCCUUCCAGCCCUUCCUACAGCCCGACGUCACCCAGCUACAGUGGGUCCCACUUCACCCCGACCUCGCCCGAGUACAGCCCCACCAGCCCCACGUACUCCCCAGCCAGCCCCAGCUACUCCCCGUCCAGUCCCAAGUACUCCCCGUCCAGCCCCAAGUACUCCCCGGCCAGCCCCACCUACUCCCCGCAGACGCCCAAGUACAGCCCCACCUCCCCCUCCUACUCCCCGACGAGUCCCAAGUACAGCCCCAGCUCGCCCUCUUACUCGCCGACGAGCCCCCAGGAUUCCUACUCGCCCAUGUCGCCCGGUUACUCCCCUGCCUCCCCUUCCUACAGCCCAAGCAGCCCCGACAUCGAAGCUGAUGAUUAGAUGCUGCUCAAGUGAGAACUACAGUACGCAGGCCAAGCAUUACCCCCGUGGGCACAAGACCGCCCCAUGGGAUGAGGGAUAUGAGAGCCGUGGAUGGCUCUAUGCAGCACUGAUGGGCACCAGAUCGGGAAAUAUUUCCUUUGACAUUUCAGAUGAUGCACUGUGGGCACAGUGGACUUUGCCGAUCAGUGCACUAUUUCUGUAUACUGUACAUGUGCAUUACCUUAAAUGGACCCGAAGUGCAAACUGUUACGAUUUGAUUGAAAAGUCUAGCAAAAAUAAUUGAAGUGUUAAUAGUGCAUGUCAGGAUAUUUGGCUCUUCAGUUAACUCAGUGUGCACCUUAUAUUCUUUACCGUGAACUAUUAUUACGUUAAUCAUAUAAUGUUUAUACUUUAUAAAUAUCGUAAUAUUCAUCCGGCCCUCUCCCAAAAGAGCGUUAAAAAUGAACCCUAACACUCCUCAAUCCUUCACCUGUUGGAGGGCUGAGGACUGUUAGGGUUAAUGGUUGGAAAAAAAAGUAUGUUGUAUUUAAAAACAUCCUUGUACUUUGUGGAGAAAAAUUCCAGAAUAUGAACGUUGUCACAGAUUUGAUUGCAGCUUACUUCCCAAAGUUUAACUUGCCCUCAAGACAAUCUCGUAGCCUCGAAGGGGCCAACCAACGACUAAUUAUGCUACAGUGAAGACAGUAAAGCCCUUUGCAUUCAAACUUGUACUCACUUACUGCGGCUCCACUAUUGGAUCGACUGAUUAGAUCUCUAUGCUUCUCCAAUUCUUAUGAUAAAUUUUUUGUCACUCUAGAGGAUUAGGACUAACUUUGCCGAAAAUCUGUGUAUUGCUUAGCAGUUGAAUGCUCGCAGAGUCAUUUACCAAGUGAAAUGUUAUGCGUUCAUGUGUGUUUCCUGAGCCUGGUUACCAGCUUAGCUCCGUAUAUAUGCUUACCACAUAAACUCAGUAAGCAAAAUUGUUUUCUUUUUUACUGAGCAACUUCGUGAAAUCGGGCCCUGAGAUCAUAAUGGCCAAAUGAUACUCGGCUUCAAAUUUGUCAGAGAAAACACAGACGGUAGUGUCAGAGUAUGAAAUUAUGGUCGGACAUUGAACAUGUCCCAACUUCAUGUACUUGUAGUAUUUGUCCGACCCAAAGCAGAUGUGGUCUGACAGAGUGUCUGAAGGAGAUCGCAAGGUUCAAGUCCAAAGAGCAGCAAUCCUGUUUGCGGCGGUUGGUGUUUUUACCGUAGUUUUUGUGCUUAUGAUAUUGAAAUUCUUCGAGUGUGACCUUGGCAUAUGCCUGAUCAAGGGCUGAUAAUGACAGAAUGAGAUUGAUCGUCCGAGCAAAUUUUGCCCGACCACUUUUCUGACUUAAUUUCGUGCUCUGCCUGGCAUUGUGACUGCAGUACCUUUUGGAGGGGGGUUCUUGGCUUAUGUGUGGCCAACUAUUUUUUAAGCCAAACAAAAUCUCAUUUGACUGUUCAGUUGGGUCACGGUACGACAGAUGGACCCACCUCUGGCACUAAUCGGCAAGUCCUGAAACAUUUUAAACAUUGCAGUCAUUGGAGGAAAUUGAAACUUGUAACAACAAAGCCCCCCCCCCGAAAGUGAAACAUUUCAAAAUCACUGUCAGAAAGGAGGCUUAUUUGAAAGAAUCCAUUUGCUCGUUCCAAGUCUCAUGGUGUCGCAGUUGAACCGAGAGUACUUCCAUUAGUAAAAAGCUUUAUCAGUGAUAGUGUACGCAUUUGUUGCGGAUUUGUCUUACUUGGGCAAAUCGCAAGACUUUGUCAAAGUUACGUGAUUCAUAAUCAUCGGAAGAAAUGAUAAUGGUGUACAACACUGACAAAAAAACAUGACCUUGGGUGCGAGCUUGUUUCCUCUUGGGCCCUGUCAAUUGUUUCAAGGUUGUUCUUUGAGCUGGUAACAUUUCAGAUGAAGUCGGUUUUUUUUAAUGUACUAACCGUUUGUUUGAUGAUUCUCAGCAGUUGACGUACAUUCUAAAGUGGAUCUUUAAACACAAAGUGCUGUUUUAAUGACUUCAGGAAAACAAAUCAUUUGGAUGCGAUUACGUGCAGUUGAUGCUGGGUCUUCACACAUGAUGGCGCACUGCGUGUGCAGCUGCGCGUUCCUUUGUUGCAGGCUAAGAAUGUGGAAGGUGUGGUAAGGGUUCCGUUGCCCAGUGAUGCCUGAAACAGGUGCAGCGAGUUAGACCAACUGCAUUCCAGUCUGAACCCGUUGUUCAAAUGACGCGCCCACAUGCAGACACGUAACAGCGGUCGCAUAUGUGAUGCGCUUCAUGAGUACCUCUGUGAGGGUUCACUUUUCACAUCUCUCUUUGUUUGGCACAUCAUAUUGGAACUCUGUCACAAUGGCUCUUCUUCAUUGCUUUGUUCUGUCGCGGAUGAGGGAAUUCAAGCCGGCGGGUUUCAGACAAAAUCCCAAAAUGUACUUGUUGGUGUGACCGUAAAAGCCUGAAGUUUUAAAGUUGGAGGUUAAGCGAGUGAAAUGUAUUUUUAGAAAUCGUAUCGUGAAUGACACUUGCAGGAUCUAUUAAUUAAACAGCGUGCCAACAUUUGUAAAUAUGUUCCGUCGGGCUAGUUAUCCAUUAUUGAAGAUCUGAUGGAAAAAAAGGGAAAAAUGUACAUUAUUUGAGAGGUUCUCGUGUUGUCAGAGAAGAAGUUGUGAAUCAGCCUAAAUUCGCUGUACAUGUAUUUUUCGAUAAUGAAAUAAACAUUAUGCUGAGCAGAAGUCAA